UUUAUAUUCGCCACUAAUCUAAGGAGAUCGCAAAAAAUCAUCAAGAGACCUGUGAUUUUUUUGUCGUUGGAAAUUUCCUCUUCUGUGCAAAUCAAGGUAGUUCCGAGCUUAUGUCUGUUUGUAUCACGGCGAGACAUACUGGAUACCCCACCAAUCUGCAGCCCCUACUCCACCCGAGUCCCGGACAUGGUCGCAUCGAUUUAUGUCCUCUGUAACGAUAGACACCUUUGAUAGAGACCAGCGCAUAGAACACAUCUGCACGUUGCCGGGACCCUAACACUCAUCUUCAAGUGGAACUCAAUGUGCAGCACAUAGCUUCGAAACGUCAAACCUGCGAGGCACCCGUCACUCGGUGUGCCUUACCAAACGUGCUGGCUCAACCUGUAUUUGCACCUCAUAAUUCCACUAUCCAUCACAAUACCGAGGACACGAAGACGAACCGCACCUUAGGAGAUUGGUAUGUGCAACAUGACCGAAGAAAAAAUGAUACGACCAGAACGAACUACGGUAGGCGGAACGCUAGAGAUCCCCAGGAUGAUCAAUGGUCUUUGGCAGCUUGCUGGUGGCCACGACAAAAACAUUGAUAUAGCUAUAGCAACUUCAUUCAUGGAACCUCUUAUCAAAGCUGGCCUGUCAUGUUUCGAUAUGGCAGACCACUAUGGAGAUGCAGAACUUGUGAUCGGCCAUCAUAAUUCCAACUCAGAGACCCCAAUCACAGCAUUUACGAAGUGGUGCCCACCAGAAGAUGGAGUUAAAACUUUCGAAAAUGCCGAAAAGGCCGUCGAUCUUGCAUUGAGCAGACUGGGGCAGAAGAGUAUGCCCCUAUUGCAAUACCACGCAUGGGACUAUUCUGACGACACCUGGAUUCACAAUCUGACCCAUCUUCGAGCCCUUCAGACAGCUGGUAAGAUCCAGCACAUUGGUCUUACAAAUACCGAUGCGGCGCAUCUGCAGAUGCUGAUAGACAGUGGCUUCACAAUUGCCACAAACCAGGUGGCUUGCUCAGUUAUCGAUCUUCGCGUCCAACGCGGCCGAUUGAGUGAAGUAUGCCUCAAAAACGAGGUCGGCCUUCUUUGUUACGGCACACUGAUGGGCGGGUUUCUGAGCGAGAGGUGGGUUGACCAGCCAGAGCCGGAUGACAUUGAUGAGCUGAACUGGAGUCUGCGGAAGUACUUGAGGUUUAUCUGGGCGGCUGGAGGCUGGAACGCCUAUCAGGGCGUCCUGAAAGCACUGCAGCACGUGGCACAGAAGCACAGCGUGCCAAUCUCGGCGGUGGCUACUCGUUACGUCCUGGAUAUUCCCUCGGUCAAGGGCGUGAUUGUGGGGUCGAGGCUAGGGCCGAGCUCUGAGGCUUAUAUCGCAAGCAACUUGAAAGCAUUCACGUUCAGCCUGGAUGAAGAAGAUCACGCGCUCAUUACGAAGGCGCAGGAGGCCCUGAAAGAUAUACCCGGCGAUAGUGGUGACGAGUAUCGCCGAGCCCCGUUUCUCACAGCUGCUGGUGAUCUGAGUGACCAUCUGGGAGAUGAUGACAAGGAUCGGUUGGUUCGUGAGGCUGUAGAGAAAGGACAGCGACUUGAGUACUCAUCCGGGAGCAAAUGGGAACCCAUUGCAGGAUACUGUCGCGCAGUUCGCGUAGGCAAUACUAUACAUGUAUCGGGCACGACAUCAAACUCGCCAGUCUCCGAGCUCCAAAACAUCGGCGGCUUAUCAGCAGCCAGCCAGACGGUAUGGAUUCUGGACAUAAUUGAUAACGCUUUAAAGGCAUUAGGCUCGUGUAUGAAAGAUGUAGUGCGCACAAGGAUCAUGGUGGAAGAUUUGAAGUAUACGGAGGAAGUCAGUCGUGCACAUGGAUCGCGAUUUGCCUGCGAGGGUAUCUUGCCGGCAAACACACUUGUGGCGGCUCAUCUCGCUGGAGAAACAAUGUUGGUAGAGAUUGAGGCAUGGGCUGAAGUACGCUCUGGGGAGAAAGGCGUACUCAAGAUUCAUAAGUGAUACGGCACUGUUGUUCUGGAAACGGUUAAUGCUCAAAUAUUAUGUGCCUGUCGAGGACUUGUAUUUAGCCAUGUUAGAUGAUGACUGUUUCAUAGUCCGUUUCAGAAGGGACUUGUCUACUUCAACAAUUUUCUGCUCUAUGAGACGAGAACGGGAAAUAUACUGGCCUAGAGAUUGUCAAUCAAUGAGGAUACGGGGCCAACCUGACCAGUAAAUGGAUACCAACAAGGAGACAACAUCUACGAUGACCAAAGCAACAAGAUGCAACGACUUUCGGACCAGAAAUGCGUCUUUAUGCCUACUAUGUUUUAUCUAUAGACAGGCACCAGCAGACCGAGUGCUUAUCAUCGAGG